UGGAGAGAGAGAGUAGAGACAAAAACAUCAACACCAGCAAGUGGACGGUGACGAUAAGCACCCACCACCACAUGUGAAGAUAAGAAGCUUAAUUGUUAUUAAAUUUGAGAAGGCAAGCUCUGUCUGAUCCUGUUGUUACUAAGAGAAUAUAAAAAUGGAUUUGUCGGUGGAUUCAUGGAUCUUUUUUAGAAGGUAAGGUCGUAUUUGCUGCAGAAAUACCAGAGCUUAUCCUCUUGAGUCUUGCCUGCCUGCCUUUUCUAGAGAAAGAAGAGACCAUGAGCACUGCUGAUACGUUUGCUGCAAUGGAGUCUCAGUACAUACGGAGCCACCACAGUCACCAGCUCAGAGACGAUCAGUGCUCUUCGGUUCUUGUCAAGCAUAUUAAGGCUCCUGUUCAUCUGGUUUGGUCAUUGGUAAGGCGAUUUGAUCAGCCACAGAAGUACAAGCCAUUUGUUAGCAGGUGUGUUAUGAAGGGGGACCUUGGGAUUGGGAGUGUAAGAGAAGUCAAUGUCAAGUCCGGACUUCCUGCUACGACUAGCACAGAGAGAUUGGAACUUCUAAAUGAUGAAGAGCAUAUUCUUGGUAUCAGAAUAGUUGGCGGUGAUCACAGGCUAAGGAAUUAUUCUUCUAUUAUCACUGUCCAUCCUGAGGUUAUUGAUGGGAGACCAGGAACACUGGUAGUAGAAUCAUUUGUGGUGGAUAUACCAGAUGGGAACACCAAGGAUGAGACAUGUUACUUUGUUGAAGCUCUCAUCAGGUGCAAUCUCAAAUCUUUGGCUGAUGUAUCGGAGAGGAUGGCAGUGCAAGAUCAGACCGAAUCCAUCGCCCGAUACUGAUUAGGGAUGGGUGUACGUUUUCUAGGAUUAUAUCAUCUGAUAAUUCUAGAUUCCAGAAUCUGUAUAGAGAUUUGUAGGAGAAGCCAUUUAUACUCUCAGGAGUUUUGGAUUUGGUUUACACCUUGCUUUCCUUCUCAUGGAGACCCUUUCACUCCCUUUCUGCUUCUGCUUCUGCUUGUUGUCAUGUCCCUCAACAAUACCCUUGUUUUCGUAUCCAGGAGAUAAGGUUCGUAGGUGCGAUGCUGUGAACUUGUCAUCUACAAGAAACGAUUCAACCUCUCUUAUUGUUACAUUUAUGGGCUUCAGGUCAUGGUAAGAUGUAUGCAGUCAUGGUCAUGUCUGUAAAUAUUAACGUCAAGGAGCUGUUGCCUUCAUACUAGAGAAUUUCCUGUUGUUGCAGCUUCUGUAUGCAAGCCUGACACGGGAACUUAGCUAAAAUGACUGUUUCUUAUGUGAUUAUGGUUGGAUGCAUGCACUGAUUAUUUUCUGUGAAAGUUUAUAGUAGGGUAAAGCUUCUUUAGACCGUUUGUUUA